AUGACUCUUUCCGAUCAAGAGGAUCAAAUUGAUCGAAUCAGUGACUUACCAUGCAAUGUCAUUGACGGCAUCCUGUCACACUUGGACAUCAAAGACCUAGUUGGGACUAGUAUUUUGUCUAAACAGUGGAGGUAUAAGUGGACUAAAGCCCCACGACUUUGGUUUAGUGAGGACUUUUUUGAAGAGUACGAGGAUCUCGAAGAUCUCGAAGAUCCAGUAACUUAUAGAAUUAUCACGGAUGUUCUCAUGCAGCACCAAGGGCCGAUAGAUAAGUUUGGUCUUUUCAUAUCUAAUGACUACAAAUUUGAGAUCACAAUUGAACACCUCGAUAAGUGGAUUCCGAUUUUGUCAGAGAGGAAUAUUAAACAUCUCGAGCUUGUGAACCACGAAACACAUCCCGAUCAAAUGCUAUAUAUUGUCGACCUCCCUUGUAAGGAAUUGACGUACUCUAAGUUUUUAGGAUUUGACUUGUCAAUUCCACCUGAUUUCUCUGGGUUUGAAAGAUUGCUUGAACUUCACUUAUUGUUUGUUAGAUUCGAGCCCGGUGCAUUCGAGAGUCUUAUUUCUGGCUGUCCGUUACUUAAAAAUCUUCAUUUUGUAUUAUGUAAAGAAUUUGAAUAUUUUGAUUUUGCUCCUCCUACUCUUGAAGUCUUAUUGAUAGAAUUUAAUCCAAAGAUGAAGUCAAUUUGUCUCAAGAAAGCAAAUAAUCUGAUUGAUCUUGCACUCAAAGCUACUGAGAGCUGCACAUUUGGUUUGAUCAAAAGUUUGCCAAAAAACAUUCAAAGGCUUUCUAUUAGUUCACGACGCGGUAUUUACAAGAUGCAGUAUGCAAAUAUCAUUCAUCCAACGCUGCUAAAAAGCUCGUUCAGCUCCAUGAAGUAUCUGAAAUUGGGUAAUGUGAAUUUCAAUGAUAGAGGAGAACUUUUGUAUAUUGUUAGUGCACUCCAAUGCGCUCCUGGCUUGGUUGAACUUAUUAUACAGAGUUACAUCGAUCUUUCUACCGUACAAGUGUUGGAUCAUUCAGAGGAGUUAGAAUGCAGUAGUGACUGCCUUAAUAAUCUGCGGAUGGUGAAUAUCCAUGUUAGAGCAUAUAGAAUUUCUCAGCAUGCAAUGAGUUUGAUACGUUUCAUACUUGCAAAUUCUACAUCGUUAAGGACUCUUACUUUUAUAGUUUGUCCUGGUUCAAAGAGUUUAGAUGCACAUAGAAUUUCACAAGACUUGUUACGGAUGGAACGAGCGUCACAAAGAGCACAUGUUGAGUUUCUUCUUACUGAUGAAUUAGAGAAUGUGGGUAUUUGA